AGUGGUCCUGCCAAUCAAAAACUAUAUAUGGUCUCCUAGCAACAACAGUAAAUAAAGAAAAUGUCUGAAGACAAGGAAAGCGCAGAGGCCAUAGUAUCGGAGGUCCACAAGAAGAUCCGCGCUGCUUUUGAUGUGUUUGACCACGAGUUAAACAAGACAGUGGAUGUCAGGGAGAUCGGCACUAUCAUCCGCUCCCUAGGCUGCUUCCCUAACGAAGGGGAGCUACAUGACGUCAUAGCAGAGAUUGAGGAGGAGGAGCCAACGGGAUACAUCCGCUUUGAGAAGUUCCUCCCCACCAUGACCAAGGUUCUAAUGGAGCGCAACGUCGGGGUGCCCAGCCCGUGUACUCCCAGCACAGGGAGCCCCUCCCCUCUAUCACCUCUAUCACCAACCCACAGGGUAGACCUCCCGGGAUACCACAGAGUGUUCCGGCCCAUCCCAGAAGACCUGCUGCUCCAGGCAUUUGAGGUUCUAGAUAAGCAGAAAAAGGGACAUUUGGAACUGGAGGAGCUCACAAAGUAUAUGACACAGGAAGGAGAGCCCUUCACCCAGGAAGAGAUGGAGGAGAUGUUGUCAGCUGCAAUGGACCCUGACAAGAACCUCAUCUUCUACAAAGACUUUGUUAGCAUGAUGACCUUGGAUGACCCCAGAUAGACUCUGUCACACACACACGCACGCACGUACACACCAACACUCACAAACACAUACACAUUCCUGCUGGGAGUAAUGACAAAUGUAACCGUUGUCUUGCGUAAUUGUUAUAUUGUUAUAGUCUAAUACAGAAUAUAAUGUGGUAUUGUAAAUGUUUGAAGUGUCAUAAACAUUUUUGGGCUUAUCGCCAAA